AUGACUCACACCUGGGAUCCAAAGCCGGCACCACUUACCGUUGCCGAAGAAGGGCUACUGGCUACGAGCGAGGCGGUGUCUAAGCUCAGUCAAUCGCAAUUGGACUCAUUCAAUGACUGGGUAGGAACUGAGAAGCCUGGAGUACUCGAGGCAAAGUCUUGGCUUACAAAACGAUACGGUCUCCGCAAAAACACCUUCUCCUACUCAGAGCUAGUUCUACUGUUGAAGCGGGCCAAAUUCCUAUCCAGUAGUGAGGGAAAUAGCGGAGACAAGGUCGGCUUUAUCACACGAAAACCAGGCCUCGGCCUGCCUCUUGGCCACAUGCCUGACCAAGAGGACCGUUUCCCUCUGCUGUUCAUGGAAGAUAAUUACAGUAAUGGCUGGCGAGCUGCCACUUUACUUAUCCGCGAGAGUUGUAUGCUCAAGCUUAUCAAUGAGCUCUCUGACAAGCCGCAGUGGUGGCGUAAAGUGAAAGACGAAGCCAUCUCCAGCAAGUGGAAGAAAGAAGCACUAGAAAUGGACUGGACUUCUUAUCGAAAGCAUGCUGACUUUACUUCCGCUAUGGCUGAUGCGUGCAUCAGUGAGCUGCGAAACAAAGCAGAGCUAUAUGAGAAGACUGGUUUAAUGCCUAUUUACGACUACACAACCACAGUUAUUAAAUCGGAUAGUCUACUGACAUCUGACCUGGCCAAGGCUCUUCAGGAGGGCGUGAAGCCGUUGGAAGAUGUCCCCACAGAGCUGAAAGAUUGGCAUCCCAACUCCAAAGAGCAAGUCCUGGAUCUUGUGCAUCCUUCGCUAUGGCCAUUGAUGUAUGGUCGCUCCAGGGUCCUCAAUGACAGAGUCAUCGACGUCGGCAAUGCCCUUCCUUCCUGUGGCACCGGCGUAGUACUACGCGCACCGGGGCCUGAGCAGACGACGCACAUCAUCGGAGAAGGUGGCUUCUUUGAGGAAGAGGUCAUGGUGCUAUCAAACAAGUUCCAGUGGUUGCCAUGCGAUGUUGACCUUGACCCUGAGACAGGCAAAGCCAAGAUUGCGAGCUACAUCAACAAUCUCCAUCCACAAGAACAUGCCCGUCUCUAUCCCAUUAUUGAAAGGUUCAUCGAGAUAUCACUCCCAGCUUGGGACAUCAUCUACUACUGGGAAGAAACCUUUUCGGUGCAGCGCCUCACAACAACUGAAGCUGAAUAUGAUGAGUGCCCCUGCCCUGAUCUCUGUCAUGUCGACGACGGCUAUAACUGCGCUCCAUGGAGACGUCCUACUGAUGAGGACGAAGAGCCUAGGUACGACGUCGAGUCGGUGGAAGCAAUGCUGGCAGAUAAUCGUAAGCCAGAUAAAUACCAAUUAGGUGAAGAGAAGGCCGAGGAUUAUAGGACGAAUCCGGUACGCAGAAAUUUGGAUGACGCUUGGUUUGCAUCAACCCACUCUGCCAAGCUCCCCGAUGCCGACCCAAGCGCAAAGGACUAUAUAAAGAUUCAAGCUUCAGAUUUGAAAGCAGACGGGUUCUUCAACAGUAGCAGUCAGAUCCAGGUCAUUGUCAAGCUUGCCAACAUUCACCUGACGCCUGAGAAGCCCGUCUAUAAUGGUGGUUCGUGGCAUACAGAAGGCUUGCUAAAUGAGCAUAUUGUCAGCACGGCUCUGUACUACUAUGAUAGUGAGAAUAUCACUGAUUGCACUCUGGAUUUCCGGACCUGCGCCGAUAAGGAAGACCUGGCUGGUGAGAUAUCCUACGAGCAACACCGGCACGAUCCAAUUGAGCGGACUUUCGGUAUUACUCAGGGAGGGAGCAUCUUUCAGGAUGUUGGUUCUGUCCUGACCAAAGCUGGAAGGGCAAUAUUCUUCCCCAAUGUUUUGCAGCAUCAUGUUUCGCAGUUCAGACUCGCCGAUCCCACCAAACCCGGUCACAGAAAGAUCCUUGCACUAUUCCUUGUUGACCCGGCGAUACCCAUCAUUAGCACUUCCAACGUACCUCCGCAGCAAAAGCAUUGGUGGACAAGUCAUUCAGGUUUUGACUCUGGAUGUGGACUUAUGCCCCCAGAGUUAAUCAAAAAGGUGGUGGAUUAUUCGGAGUGGCCCAUUGACCUGGAAGAAGCCAAAAAGGUACGCUUGGACUUGAUGAAGGAGCGGACAUCAUUUAAAGCAGAGGAGGAAUCGAGAUUUGAGAGGAUGGAAUGGAAUUUCUGCGAGCAUUGA